AUGAUAAAGCAGCUGUUGAUUGGGAUUGUGUGUAGUGCUGCCGUACUGACCUUCGGGAUCCUAAUUGGCCACUUUGGUAUCAAUAAGAGCAGCAACUCGGCACCGUCCUGGGUGAAGGAUGUGACCAAAGAUGUGGACGAGAGCUUCAUUAAGAAGUUCUUGUCUGAGGUGGACAACAUCCAGAUUCAAGAAAACCUUAGGGAGCUGACCAAAGUGCCCCAUAUGGCCACCACAGCCGGAGACGAGCAGACGGUGCAGUUCAUGCUAAAGAGAUGGCAGGACCCCGAAACGGGUCUGGACCAGGCCUGGAGAGAGGAGUACAUGGUCUACCUGUCCUUCCCCGACCCCGAGAACCCAAACAAGGUCACUGUAGUGAGCCCGUCGGAGACUGUGCUGUACGCUGCCAGAGAAAAGGAGAAGAGUUAUACUCCUGACCAAGAUGACCCUGAGGUGGUUCAGCCAUAUGCUGCGUACUCCCCUGCUGGACACCCGAAG